UGCAAAAGCAAACAUAUAACUGAUACUGAACAAUCAAUGGAAACGUUUUGGAAUUUCGCUUUUGUCUCUUAAAAAUUUGCAAAUCUUAUCUUUUUUCUAAUAUAAGUCUAAUCAAAUUGGUAAAUUUUCUUUAUUGUAGACAAAAUGUUUAGUCAGCAAAAAGCAAUCGUUGAGAAAGGUCUCAGAAUAUUUUAAGUCUCGGAAUUCGGAGAUACUUAUAGUGUAAAAGAAAAAAAUAUGGAUAAGAAAAUCAUAAACUUUGGCGCUGGACCUACCAAGCUGCCUAAAGAGGUAUUAAAAGAAAUACAAACCAACCUCCUAAACUACGAAGAGACAGGAAUUAGUGUCAUGGAAAUGUCUCAUCGAUCUUCGGAAUAUAUGGAAAUGAACGAAAAUGCACUGAGAGACCUAAGAGAACUCAUUGGAGUGCCAUCGAACUACAAGAUACUCUUUAUGCUCGGUGGUGGAACUGGAGUAUUUUCGUCUGCCUGCUUGAAUCUAAUGAAUCGAACUGGCACAGCUGAUUACCUUGUUACGGGUGCUUGGUCUGAGAAAGCGGCUAAAGAAGCUGCCCAUUAUGGGACGGUUAAUUUGGUUCUACCGAAAUUUGAAAAAUACACCACAAUUCCCAGUCCGGACACUUGGAAUCUAAAUCCCAACGCAUCAUUUGUCUAUUAUUGUGACAAUGAGACAGCUGAUGGGGUUGAGUUUAGUUUUGUGCCAGAAACCAAUGGUGUUCCAUUGGUCUGUGAUAUGUCAUCGAAUUUUCUAUCUCGACCCAUUGAUGUGACGAAGUUUGGAAUAAUCUUUGCAGCUCAGAAAAACAUUGUUCCAGCAGGUGUGACAGUGGUCAUUGUCAGGGAAGAUCUGCUGGGCAAUCCAAUGAAGGUCACACCAUCGAUCCUGGAUUACAAUAUCGUUGACAAAAAUAACUCUAUCUACAAUACUCCACCGACUUUUAUAAUUUAUGUCAUGUGUCUUAUAUUCAAAUGGAUUAAACGCAACGGUGGCUUAAAAGAAAUGGCCAAUAACUCAGCAAUUAAAUCAAAAUUGAUCUACGAUAUUAUUGAUAAGUCUGACGGGUUUUAUGUGUGUCCAGUCGAUGAGAAAGACAGAUCUCGAAUGAAUGUAUGUUUCAGAAUUGGAAGUCGUAGUGGCGAUGAAGAUUUGGAGAAAGAAUUCCUGAGUUUAUGCGAGAGUAAACAUUUGGUGCAGUUAAAUGGACAUCGAUUAGUUGGAGGUGUUCGAGCAUCGAUUUACAAUGCCAUUACCAUAGCUGAGGCUCAAAUUCUUGCCGAUUUAAUGGUUAGCUUUAUGGAGGAAAAGAAAAAUAAAAGUUAAAAGCUAAUAUUUUAUAGGAAAGGAAUCAAUUGCGAACAAAUUAGCAACAAACGCAAUUUUGUGUGUGUGCGCUUUUGAUUUUUAAACUUUAAAUAUAUUAGUUUCUUAAUAUAUUA